GCACUUGCCCGCGGAGCGCGCCGCCUGGGGCGCGGCUGUCGGUGCCCUGCGCUUGGCCGCCCUGGACCCCGCUGCGCUCCCGGCUCUCUCCGAGCCCCAGACCUGGUUAUUCAAAAGUGGAUGGUUUUGAAAAUAAAGUACCCUGUGAAGACGUCAGAGGGAUUCACUUCUGUCACCUUGAGUCUCUGAAGGCAGAGCUGGUUGCACUUUUCUUUUAGAAAGUUUUCCUGGGAAGUUCACUCUCCCGCAGUAAAACCUUGACUCUCAGGAUGAUCCUGUCUAACGCCACGGCUGUGACACCCUUGCUGACCAAGCUGUGGCAGGGGACAGUUCAACCGGGCAACAGCACAUCCCACCUGGCCCGCAGGUCCCUGGGCCACGAUGACGGCAGGCUGGCGGCACUCUACAUCCUCAUGGUGCUUGGCUUUUUCGGCUUCUUCACCCUGGGCAUCAUGCUAAGUUACAUCCGCUCCAAGAAACUGGAGCACUCCCAUGACCCGUACAAUGUGUACAUCGAGUCUGACACCUGGCAAGAGCGGGAUAAGGCGUACUUCCAGGCCCGGAUUCUGGAGAGCUGCAGGGCGUGUUAUGUCAUUGAAAACCAGCUGGCUGUAGAACGACCCAACGCAUACCUUCCUGAGACGAAGCUGUCAUCCUGACCCCGAGACUGGUCCGAAUUGGACAAAGCCUCCCUGAUGAGCUGAUUUCUCCAAUUGCAUGUUCCUUAUAUCCUUUACUGCAUGAGUAUAAUUCGGUUUUUUUUUUUUUUCCAUCAUAAGGGGUGAAAGGUGGAUUAGUAACACUGUAUUUCUAAAGUCACUUUCCUUCUAUAAUAGGCUGUGAGCCGUCCCCCAGUACGUGUGCCUGCCUUGUUAAUGUCAGCAAGAUCCCUGAGAUCAUGGCCUCUGAGAAUAAGAGCUGUCUUUCCCUGACUUCCUUGCAGCUAGCAAGGUCCUGUGUCUGAAGUUAUGGCCAGUAGAAGUGGGAAUGAUGAGGGCAGUUUCCCAGUGAGCCUUGACAAGGAAAGGAUGUGUCCUCCACUCCCCUCUCCCCCUUCCCCGGGGCUGGGACAUGGACCAGGUGGUGAGGCAGCUUUGACUCUGGAAAAGGACAGUGCAUUCACAGAUGGCAGAGCAAUUAGAGUCUGGGUCCCUGGGCCAGUGGCAUGGGGCAGGGUCUGGUCAAUCACCACCUCAGACUUUAGAGGCAAGGGAAACUAACUCCGACCUUCCUUGGGCCAGUGUGAUUUUGGUUUUUGUUAAAAUAACAGAAUCAAUAUCCUAACGAAUACGCCUUCCUUAUGGGACUGAGACCAAAGGCAUGUUUCCAUAUCUGUUGCAAGCACACUUCCCCACUUGCUACGGGACAAGACUUACUCUGCCCUUUUCACUCGUACCCUCACCAUGGUGGCUCUAUCGUCCCCUUCCUCUCCUCCCUCCUCUUCCCCCCCAUGGCCACCCUUCACACACACCCCCAAACACACGCUCAUACCCACAGGCACACACAUGCACACACAGAGAAACACACACAGAUACACACGGACACACACACACACACUACCUACUCACAUAGCGCAGCUGAGAUGCAGGAGGAAAAAACUCCUGCUUCAGAAUGUGUACCAAGGGGAAGGUACUCAGUUUGCAUGGCAGGAGGGAGGGUUGCAUCCACCACCUCAAGAGCUCAGGGGAAGGCGUAGGCGUGGGCGUGGGCAAGGGGCAACACACGGGACUGAGGUGGCAGGGCCUUCUGAGGUAACGUGCCCAUCGUGGUUGAAUUGUGACCUCCCCCCCAAAGAUCCUCUUAGCCCUUCAAGUCCUAACCUGUGAAUGCGACCUUAUGUGGAAAUAAGGUCUUUGCAGAUGUGAUCAAGGAAGGUAAGGUCAUUGGGGUGGGCCCUAAUCCAAUGUGACUGACAUCCUUAUAAGAAGAGGGAAAUUUGGGCAGAGAUAGGAGUGAUGCAGCUGCAAACCAAGGACCACCAAGGACUGAGGGCCACCACUGGAGGCUGGGAGAGGAAAGGAAGGGUUCUCCCGGACAGCUUUCAGAGGAAGCAGGGCCCCAAGAGCCCGUGAUUUCAGACUUCUGGCCUCCAGCGCGGGAAGACAAGGGGUUUCUCUUGCUCAAAGCCACUCGGGCUGGGCUAGUUUUCUCCAGCAGCCAUGGGAAGCUCACGCAGUGUCUCUGCCCCGACCACCCCUCCAGAGACAGCGCUUUCCUCCUGGCCCUUCUCCCCACAAGACCGAGAUUCCCUUGGAAACUUCCCUCCCAACUGAGAGCUGGGGAAGGGAUUCAGGGGUGGAGGCAGACGGUACCAGGGACUUGCUCACGGCAGUGGAAGGAGCCUUGUGAGCAUGGCCUGGCCUGAGGGACCCAGAGGACGUGUGACCUGGGUCUCAGCCUUCUUCCCCGGCUGCCCUCGGUCGCCUGCGCCGUCCUGAACGCUCGCCUGCCUAGGCAUUCCUUAAGAGGGUGGACUACUUAAAUGAAACAUACUUGUUAGAAACCUGCACUAAUAUAAAUUAGAACCCACACGUAAGCAUCGCUGGCCAUCCUCCAAUAGACGAAUGGGGCCCAGUCCUUGCUUCAUGUAAUAGACAGCGAUUCCUUUGUGGGCUUGGGGGCAGGGCUCCCAAUGGGACAUCUCUUGGGCAGAAGCCUGGCAGAGUUACUACAGUCCUCGAGACCAGUGGCUGUUCGCGUCAGAGUCCUUUGAAAAUCGAAUGAAAGCUAUGACCCCCCCCAAAUGGCACACAGACACGUUUUACCCACCAUCUCGGGGGUUCUUGGGCCCCUGGAAGCCCAUCUAGGACCGCUGGCAUCUCCUGGCCGCGUGUGACUUCCCUGCUGUGACAGACACAGUUGGCCCCUAGUGAAGGAAAGCAGGCUGGGCGCGAGAGUUUGGAGAGGGACCCAGAGCGCACGUGGUCCACAGCGUGACUCACAGCGGCAGGCAGACUUGGGUAUUCCAGGCACACAGACUAGUUCUUUAUCACCGGUUCACGUCCCCGCUGCGGCUCCUGCCCCUUUUAAGGCAGAGGGAGCUCUCGUGAGCUUUAGUCCUCCCCGUCCUUGAAGCCCCAGGCAUUCAGCUCACUCCCCCACACCCCUCAAACCGCUUAUAAGCCACACAUGUUCCAACGCUUGUUACCAUAUUUAAAAUUUUGGGUGAGCGUUCGUAGAAUGCUUGCUCGGAGCCAGGCACUGUUCUAAGCCCUUCCAAGCUAGAAUCUCAGUGCUUUGUGUGCAAUGUUUUACGUGUUCAUUGAAGAGGAUAACAUGCCUUUUGAGGUAUUAAAAACAUCUUUUUAAAAAAUUAGAGUCUUUUAUCAUGA